AUGACAGAACAUAACGUGAAUACAAAACUACCAAUUGUUAAAGAAUUGCUUGAUUUGAGUGAUGUUUCGGGCAAUUGUUCAAAGAGUAUAUUCUCGACAUUGGAUGGCAUCGAAAGACUGGACGACUGGUCCAUACAAAUGAUCAAUUCGUGGGCAGAUUUUCCACCAAAAGGAGUUUUAGAGGGAAGACUUACGGACUUUGGAUCCUAUGAUCAGUGUUUGUCAAUCAUUGACAACCAUAUGAUAGGAUCGGCUCAGUAUUGUUCCCUGGAUUUGGUUCCCUAUAUUCCCCGACCAAUGCCUAAACAACACAAUCUGUUUCACAAAAUCCCAAAUCUAUUACCCAUUGAUAUAAUACAAAACAAAUCUAAUGCAUUGAAUAUAAUGGCAACUGAGGCCUCAUUUUUCUAUUGGAUAAGAUUCAAUUGGUUUUGUUUUCGUGAGAAUAUUCUCCAUAAGAAAGGCAUACAACAGACUCACAGCUCCGACCACUUCCGCAGAUCUUACAUGUAUUCACGGCAUAAGAGUCCUAUCAAUACUGUGGCUAUUGAUAGGGCACAGUAUCCUAUGGCCUAA